CUUGCAAGCAAAAAAUUAGUACCUGUAGUAAGUGUGUCGUUUGCUGUUUCUUAGAUAUAAGCGACAAGACGUUUACUUGACACUCUCGCUGGUGAGACGCCAGCUUUUGGAGAAUUUCACAAUUCUGCAGACUAGGGGUGGUUGAGCCCUAGGUUUAUAGAAACGACAGGUCGUUCUGAAGCAAAUUGUCGAUAUCUCUCUGCUAAACCCUAGCUCUCGAACGCUUGCAAAUUUACACAGCAACAUCCAUGGAUAGUGAAGGGAAGAUAAGCAUAUACAGAGCUGUGAGAACCAUAAAACGAAGAGAUAAUACUCUUUACAACGCUUUGAGAUCCAUAUACGAAGACUCGAUUUUUGUUGGCGAGAUCUCCCAGCUAUGGCCCGACCUUCCUCUUCUCGCCAACCUCCGGUGUGGCCUCUGGUACUCUCCCAAAUUCGACGCUACUUGCUACUUCAAAUCCACCGAUGGCCACAGCAAUAAUUGGUCAUUUAACACCUCUCGCCUCAACCUCCAUAUUGCCGAGCUUGCUGGGCAGAAAGGAGGGUGUAUCAUUGUUGACUCUACUCGGAAAGGGAAACGGUUUCCAGAUAGCAUGUCGAAAACAAUACCCAUUUGGACUUGUGUUCUGAAUCGCUCCAUUCUUAAUCAUAUCAGCAAACUGCGAGAUAGUGGGACGAUAAUGCAGGAGGAGGCUGAUUCCUCUAAGCAUGCUGAAAAUACAAGAAUGCUCUCUCAAAAUUGGGAUUGUUCUUUGCAUCUUCCCCUUUGGGUUCCUGAAACAGAGAAAGCAGCUAUUGAGGAACGUAUAGACGGGUGGAGUAAACAAUUGGAAGACAGUGGAGCUGAUAUUGCCUCUGUUGCGUCAUGCUUGAAAAAGCCUCUACGACCCCUAUGGAUAUCACAAAAGACUGUCAUCUGGUUGAAUGAAGUACCUGAUCAUGAUUCCUGGGAUUUCACUCCGAUUAUCCUUGUUUCAACCUCCUUUUCGAGCGGGAUUUAUCAACAUCGUACCACCUCUGAGUUUAGCUGGAGUUAUAUAGCAGGAGCUGGAGAUGAUGAAGAAAGUUGGGCAAGAGGUCUCUCACCCAGUCUUUUCUGGAAGCAUGCAUUUGAUCUAAUAAGUUCAGGACCUGAUCUGUGUAAUCAGAAGGUAGCUGAUAUUGUUGAAAAGGACAGAGUAUAUCGUGCUCAAAGGGGGCAAAAUGCUCCUCAGGUGACUUUGAAGCCUCCUGAAAAUUCUGACAGCACUGCUGAAUUUUCUCAAAUGGAUCCUUCAUUAUCUUUGGAUCUAUCUAAUGGGAAUAGUACUCUAAUGUCUCGCAACAUAGAUGAAGAUCAUGCAGUGUUUUGGCUAGGCUCGACUAAUCUUGCAUUGGGCACAACUCAACAUGCAGCACACGCAUCUGAUGUUGAUUGCAUCUUGAAUUGUGAUCAAGAAUCCUUCCAGACCCAUCUACAAGAUAGUGAAGCAUAUUUGCAUCUUCCUAUGUUGAGCUCAAAAUUGGAUCGAUUUUCCAUAUUAAGCAAUCUCCCUGCUGCAGUCAGCUUUGCAAAGGCGAAUCUUGGCAAAGGGAAUAGACUUCUUGUUUGUUGCAACAAUGGGGAAGAUAUCAGCGUGUGUGUUUGUCUAGCAAUUUUGACAUCUUUAUUCAGUGAUGCAGGAACCUUUGAUGAUGGAGAAUCCUUCAGAAAUAUACAAAUUACCAAGUGCGAGAUGAGACGGAGGCUUAUUUUCAUCUGUAAAUUUGCAGUGACUGCUCGUCCAUCUAGAGGAAAUUUGAAACAGGUCUUUGCAUUUCUGAGUGGACAAAGAUCGCCAUCCUCACGUUCACAUUGUAGGAGUGCUAACCAGGAAGAAUGUUGCUAAAACAAAAUGGGCAGAGUGGCAGUGUCUUGUUUUAGCCCGUAAAAUUCUGCACUAACAGCUGCAUCAUCAUUUCCCUUUUCUGGAGAAAGAUCUCUUAAACAUUCACAUUAUGGGGAUGGGAAGGAGAAAGAACGUUGCCGAAUUUGAGGUGCAGACUGCAUUGGGAUCUUGUAUUAUCUGUAAUUUUAUAGUAAAAGUUCAAUUUUCCAGAGAAAACUGAAGCAGAUUUUACUUAUCCUUAAUUGUGGGGAUACUAACCAAGGCAAACACAAGUGAUUGGUUAGUAAGUUUUUGGAGAAUCCACUCCCCAAGGCAACUAUUGAAACGUUAUUAUUCAGGAAAAGGAGAGAAACGGUUCACAUUCAGUUCUACCUCAACAUUGUUAUCUUCAAUGCGUCAGUUGGUUAGAAACAAAUAACUUCAUUAAAUAAUUUUAUUUUUGAUAGCA